UAUCAGACAUGCGGAAUUAAUGAUUUAUAAUUAAUAUAUUUUACGACGUCGUCAGACUUCAUAAUCACCGGCGUAUCGUGAAGGGGAUACAUCGCUUUUUCACGUGUAAUUUUUUGUAAUAAAUAGAAUGUGGAAUAUAAUGUUAAAAAAGUUAUUUAAUACUAUUGUUAAGACCCAAAAAUUGGAGGUAUGCAAAUAUUGGAGAUCAAGUGCGAUGGCUCUGAAAAUAAACAAUAUGUGUACCGAUGCUGUGACUGCAGAUCUUCUAUCGUUAGAAGAUAAAGAGAAGAUACUCGAAGUAAUAAAUGGUAAAAGCACAGAAGAUCUAUUGCAGUAUUCCAUAACUAAGAAGCGUGCGCAGAAUUUGGAAUGCCAUCGGACAAAUAAUGGGCCUUAUAAGUCUCUGGAGGAUUUAUUACAAGUUAAGGGAAUGAAUGACAAAUGUUUGUACAAGUUCUACAAGUCGAUCAUAUGUGGCAAGAAGAAGACAGGUUCUAAAAAAAUUACACGAGGCUUAGUUCUAACACCGAAACCUACUACUACUCAGAAGGAUGUCAAUACAGUAUUAGGUAUAUACAUAGGACCAGAUAUGAUAAGUUGGUCAUUGUUAAAUCGAGAUUGCCAAGUAUUAGAAUGGGAUUACAAGUGCUUUCCACAAAGUAGGUUGAAAGUGAAUAUUCAUUCUUUACUACAAAUAACGUUACCAAUAGCUGCAAAAUUACCAAAAGCUGAUCGAUAUAUAAUGCAAGAAAUUGUUAGUAAAAUGGGCUAUCACAAGGACAGCCCACUUUAUCAAGUUUAUGUACAAGAAUCUGUGAUAACUGGUAUCAUUCUGUCAUACCUGGCAACAUCAAAUAUUAAAUUUAACAGUACCACAGAGUUUAUAACUAGCAAGGUAUUUAUACUGCGCCAGCGUAUUUUACCAAAAAUCUACGGACUUGAAAUUGGUGACGAAGCUGUAGCUACAAAAUACACGAUGAACAAAUUACUGCAGGAGAGUGACGGAAUGAUGAAGACCAAAGAACGGCUGCCGAGCGUAUUGAUAAAUACGGAAUUAAACAUGUACAACGCGCAAAAUUCUAUCUAUCAAGAGCAAGUCAGUUGGUCUUUAUUGAUAGCAUUAGCUUUUCUAGAAUUGGUUGUACAUCAAAGAACUGAUAUGAUCGUUCGUAGUGAUAUAUAAAGUCAUUGUUUAUCAUUAUCUAAUAAUGCCAAGAAGAGAAUGAUAUUAAUAUUAUCGAUGAAUUUAUUUUAGAAAUUGAUGUUAUAUAU